GUGCGUUGGUACAGAAAACGGCGGAGCAUUUUGCUAGCCGGAGAAUUUAGCGCGUUUUUUUUGUUGUUUCAUUUCUCAAAAACAAACACAAUUAUUUCAACAAUUUGCGCGCGUACAAUUUGAGAGAUAACUAUGUGAAACGCCAUGCCUGAAUAUGGACAAAAUGCAGCUUUUAAUUAAUAUGCACACAGUGAAAUAAUGUACAUUUAACUAGGCGAGUGCAGAAAUUGCCGACAAUUUUCGAGCGGCAAAACGGAAUAUAAAAAUAAAUUAACAAUUGAUGAACAAAUUGCAGCUGAUGCAACAAUUGUGAGAGAAUCGCUUUCAAAUUUUUUAUAAAAGGACAACAUACAUAUGUAUGUAUGUAUGUAUUUCAUGCACACUUACAUACACUUGCGUUUGCAUAUAUAUAUAUAUAGACACCGCCGCUUGUGUGUGUGUGUGUACGAGUGAGUCGUGAACGUCUGCUUGUGUGUGUGUACAUAUAAUCAUGUGAAAAAUCGAUUGGAAGUGACUGGAAGCGCCGUAUAGUCAUUGGAAGACACACAGCGGCGGCGGCGGUAGCGGCGCCAAUUGUCAUUUACUAUCAAGCAAGAAGAAGAAACGUGCGCACGCACCAAAAGUAGCCACAGCAAAAAAUAAAAAGAAAAAAAGCAGAAAAAAGAAACGAUUAAAAUUGAAAAUAAAGUAAAGCACGCAACGUCAACUUUUGCACAGUCCCUAUAUAUAUACAUACAUAUAUAUAUAUAACACAAAAAGAAAAGCAGACAAGAACAACAACAGCAAACAAUAAGCGCGCAACUGGCAACUGGGAGCAGACUGUAGUAAAAGGUGCGCAAUUCGUUGUUUUAGCUGAGACACAAACCGCGGCGCGAGACGACACUAGCAAGAGGAAGCAGAGCACAAAAAAGAAGGCGACAACGGCAGCAGCAGGGGAAAAUAGCUGAGGCAGCAACUAUCAACAUAUUUAGAAGCAUAUUGCAAAUUGAUUGACAUGAUAUAAAAAAAAAGAAGGGUGAUGCGCAAAACAGAAACCGAAAACAGCAGCAGCAGCAGCAGCAAUCAACGAACAACGAGAGAGCAGCGACGGUAAGCGAGAGACCGAUAAAGAGCAAGAAAGAAAGAGAGAAAAUAGCAUCAGUAGCAGCAGCAGCCGCAGCCAAAAGUUGUUAAAAACGAAAACGCACCAAAAAAAGAAAAAGAAUAUAUAUAUAUAUGCAUUACACGGACCGAGAAUUAGCGAGACAUCAGCCGUAUGCAUGUGUGUGUGUGUGUGGGUGUGCGUGCAUGUACAGCGAUAACGAUUACGAUAAACGAUAUUUAGGCGCAUUUCUUUUUAUAUAACUACUACCAACGACGGGCCACAAAUUGCGAAGCAGCAAACAAUAACAAAAAACGAAAACGCAACGAGAACGGCUGUUAAAUGCGGCGACCAAAACGCCAACGUCUUUGUCGCCCGAGCAGCAGCAGCAGCAGUAGUAGUAGUAGUAGUAGCAGCAGCAGCAGCAGCAGCAGAAGUAGCAGCAACAGUUAUCGAUAUUAUCAAGAGCAGCAGGAUAUCGCUGAUUGUUGACUGGAAGUGGCAGUGGAAGUGGAAGUGGCAGCGGCACUGGCAGCGCCAGUGGAAGUGCCUUGCUGACUGUUUAUCGUUCGUUAUUGUGUAUUGUGUAUAUCGAUCAAGAAGCAAGCAGGCGACGAUCAAGCAACGAUUUGACGACAAUUUCGAUUGUUGUUCAGGCUUUGCCAAAUAAUGGAACCAGAUCCCAAUGGGAUAAAGAUAGAGCCGACACUUGACCAUCAUCAGCAGCAGCAGCAGCAACAAUACGCGACACAUGUGCUGGCAAUAAAUGGUUCAAAUGCGCGCCUUCUUAUCGACCAUCCGUCAGCGUUGUUGGUACCAUUGUCGACCCAUCAACAGCAACAGUUGCAGCUGCAACAGCAGCAACAGCAGCAGCAACAACAGUUUCAGCAACAGCAGCAGCAACAUCAUCACCUACAACAGCAACAACAACAACAGCAGCAGCAACAACAGCAGCAGCAGCAACAGCAGCAGCAGCAACAACAACAAUUUCAUCAGCAACAAUUGCAAAUAACAUUACCCGCUUAUUCACAGCCACUCUCGUUGAAGCAACAGCCGCCACCAACACCGCUGGGACCCGCCUCCAGCGUCAGCUCGACCAACACACAACAGCAGCAACAGCAAUCGCAGCAGCAGCAAACACAACAACACCAGCAUCAUCAUCAUCAUCAGCAGAGGUGGAACGAGAGCCCCGAGGCACGCCAACGCCGUUUGGCCCGCAAUGCUGAGAGAAUGCGCGAGCGGCGACAGCGUGAAAGCGAAGACGAAUACCGCAAGCGUUUACUGCGUAAUGCGGAGGCGAAUCGCCAGCGACGGCAAAACGAAUCCGACCUGGAGCGAGCAAUGCGUUUGGUGCGCAAUGCGGCGCGUCAGCGCCUACGACGCGCAAUGGAAUCACCCGAUCAGCGGCUGAAGCGACUCUCCAAGCUGGCCGAACGCAUGAGGAUGUAUCGUGCCAGCGAAACGGCCGAUCAGCGCAAGAUCCGAUUGGCUGAGAUGGCGGCGCGUGCGCGUCAGCGCAUCGCCAGCGAAUCGGUGGAGGAGCGCAAGGAAAGACUGAGAAAGCUGAACGACUAUGCGAAAAAGGUCAGAGAAAAGAAAAAGAUUUACAAACAGGUGCAGGUGCAUGCAGGCGUGCCACUGAAUUCGUCGUCGUCUUCAUCGACCAAUUCGACCAAUUCCAAUUCACUGACCGCGCAGCCGCAGCAGCAGCAGGUGCUUGCCGUGGCAACAGCAGCAGCAGCAGCAGCUGCUGCCGCCGCCGCCGCAGCAGCUGCAACCGCAUCCACCGUAGCUGGUCCAGCCAAUUGUAAUAAUGAGCAUACUAUUAAUUUAAAUCAGGCAAACGUCUCGUCAGCGCCUGCAACCAGUAGCAGCAAUAGCAGCAGCAACAACAACAACAACACAACGACAGCAGCAGCGGCAGCAGCAACCGUUGCCAGCGACGGGCAACAGCAACAGCAUCUGGUGACAGCCGCUCCAGCGGCUGCCUAUCAACAGCAUCAGGCCAUCGAGUAUAUGGGCCAAAAUAUGUUUAUAGCGCCCGGCAUGCUGCGACCGACAAUGCAACUUAAACAGGAGCCCCAACAGCAGCAGCAACAACAGCAGCAGCAACAGCAGCAGCAGCAACAGCAGCAACAACUACAACUCCAGCAACAGCAGCAACAGCAACAGCCACGUUACUCGCUGGGCGCCCAGCAGCUAAUCGAUGGCGUUGCCGGCGGCAGCGGUGCAGCCGAAGCGGGCAGCAUAUUUGUGCAACAGAUCUAUGGCGAGGAGCCGGGCAAAACUGGUAAAUUGCUGCAGACGCAUAUGCCGCACUUUAGCAUUGCCAAUCAGCUCGAGUUCUAUAAGCAGAAAUACGCCAAUAUGGUGGAACUUCAGUCCGGCAACGAGACGACCGAUAACAGCGGGUCUGUUACACUGGGCCAGAACGAGGCCAAGGUGAUUGUGGCCGCCACCGGGGAGCAGCAGAAGGCGCUUAAGCAGCUUGGACAGGCGGCGACGACGACAACGACCCAGCUAUACAAUCAGCUACCGUAUCUGGCCACCUUCCCGGCAACGGCAAAUAGCAGUGGCGGCACCACUGGCACCGGCACAGUUACUGUAACCGGCGGCGUCGGUGGUGGCGGUGGCACAAGUGGCGCCAAUGGCACCGCAACAACCGCCUAUUAUCCCAUGUAUCACAAUGGCUUCCAGUUGGGCAUUGGGCCGAACACAGUGCCGCCGCCGUUUACGCCCGUGCAUUUUACGAACGCCAGCGGCGGCAGCAGUCCGACAACAGCGACCGGCCAAUAUAAUCUAUUGACGGCGGCGCCGACGGGCACAAAUCCCACGCUGACUGUCACCGGACUGGACCAACAGUCCCAGCAACAGCAGCAGCAACAGCAGCAGCAGCAGCAACAACAACAGUCCCAGCAACAGCAACAGCAGCAGCAGCUGGUCCAAGAGUUCCCCAAAGUUGGACGGGGAAGGCCGCGCAAGAACAACCUGCUCAGUGGCAAGGAUGAGCAUCUGAAGACCAAUACGCUGCUGGAGCAGGAGAUCAAUCAAAUGCUAGCCGCGCCGCAUUUAACGCAUCGGCGCGGUCGACCCUCGUCCGUGGAGCAUCUCCAUCAUCAGAUCCAUGCACAUUCCACGGCCGAUGGUGAUGGCAUCGUGCAUCAGCAGAUGUCAACGUCGCGACGCAGUGGCGCCAACAAAUACGAAACGGAGGAGGAGAAACGCAUCCGUUUAGACAAAAUGGCGGCACAUCAGCGGGCGGUGCGUGCGAAUGAGUCGCCCGAGCAGCGUACGAUCCGAUUGCAGAAGCUGUCGGAACGAGCGCGUCUCAUGCGUGCCCAAAUCCGGGCCACCGAGAAUAUUGAGGAGCGCAAGGAGCGCCUGUCCAAACAGGCCGAGUAUGCGCGACUGCGACGGAUGCGCAGUCAUACGCCACGUCGGAGCAGCAGCGCCAGCACCGAGUUUCAUGCCAAAACCGAGGAGGAGGAGGAGGAGACAGCUGAACAGUUGUAUGACAAUGAUACCGAUACUGGUGGCGAUAGUUUUGCCGUCAAGACGGACACCUCCCAACUGGAUGGCGAUGCGUCCAAUGAUCAGCAGCAGCUUGCCGCACAGCUCCAGCUCCAGCAACAUGACCUCCAACAGAUGGCCGGCAGCCUACAAGCGCAGCCCCAUCACGAUGCGAUUGUCAUCAAUCAGCAGCAGCAGCAGCAGCAACAGCAGCAACAACAGCAGCAACAACGUCUAGUUAGCCUCAGUCAGCAUCAGCAGCAGCAGGGCUACAGCAAGCUGCAGACGACGACAGCAGCUGGCGGAAGCACUGGCGGUGGCGGUGCUGGUGGUGGUGGUGGUGCUGGCAACGGAGCACCUGAGAAUAAUGAUAUGCUUAAGAUACUUGAACCGAUCAUUGUCAUGAAGACCAAAUGAGUAACGCAAAAGCGCCGCAGGGGGCCAACACAUCAUCAUCAUCAUCAACAUCAACAUCAUCAACGGUAGACAGUGCCAGAUAUAGCUAACUAUAUAUAUAUAUAUAUAUAUAUAUCUGUAAGAAUAUAUAUAUGUGCUUAUGUUUUGGGCUAUUGUUGGCGCUAGAGAUUCGCUGCGAGAAAGUGAGUGCAGAGAAAGAUUGUUGACAGACAACGAAACACACACAAAACACCACUUGGUGGUCGGGUCAGCCAACCUACCCCACU